GCAGCUGCCUGCUCCAGCAUCUCUCUGGAAGGUGAGGAAAGUCCCGGGCCGGGCAGUGGCUUCCAGACCCUCUUCCCCAGCUGUGAUUAGUUUUAUCAGAAGCCAAAGUAAGAAAAUUCAGAAAGAGAAAAAACUUCGGACUUUCUGCUCUAGAAACUGCUUCUCUCCCACCCCAGAGAACUAGGUUGUUCUUGCUGACCCUCCCAGCUCUCCUGCUCCGGAAAACUGCUUCAUUGCUCCAAAGUUCGAAAGCAUGGCUUCUGUGUUUCAAGAUACCACUCAGGCUUUGGUAAGGCAGCUGGAUCCCUCAGGUGAGCUGAUUCCUGUCACCAGCAUCAUUGAUGUUUCCUGCUUCCGGCCUUUCUGCCUGGUGAAGAGAACAAGAACAAGCUUCUGGGGAGUCCGAUAUGUCAAGACAGACUUCUCUCUCAGAGAUAUUCUGGAGGAAGGACCUGAACUGCCAGAGCCAUGUAAAGGUCCAGUGAUUAAAGUUGGAGAAAACACUGAGAAGACUAUGGCAACUGCGGGGACUGCUACAGACUUUGGGAUUCCUGUGAUGAUCACCUUUUCUGCUGGUGGCUCCCAUAAUAACUACCUGGAGAUUCAGAAACUCAGCAUCGUGCAGGAGUUGGAGUCCUUAAGGAAAAGGAAACUGAAGGUGCCAGAGCCAAACUUUCUGAAGAAGCUUCGGGAGCAUAAUGAGAAUCUGUAUAUGGUGACUGAGGCAGUAGAGACACUGAAGGAUGCCAAGCUGGAGAAGAGGAGGAAGGCUGAUGCAGGCAUAUAUGUCCCUCUCCUUACUGCUUUGGGGUUCAAGGGUUCCUUUAGCUUCGAUUCCACCAUCCAUGUCUCUGAGGGCUCCAUCCUGGCCUUCCGAGUAAAGCGGCUUCACUUUUUCCACAGAGAUUGGGCCACUUUGGAACAAGAUGAUAAUUUUCUAGAAUUCCUAUCAGCGUCUUUCGGACUCUUAUUGUUAGUGGGCGAUGCCAUCCCAGGUUCAAUAAUGUGGCAGCAGGAGCCUGAGAAACCCUCCCAAAGGACCACCAGAUUCCAGGCACUUCAGGCAGAGGUGAAACCACAGAUCCACAUCUUGGAGACCUUGACCCAAAAACACCGGAAAAGCCUGAUGGAGGCCCUCCUGGGGCUUCUGGGCCAGGCCAAAGCCCUACAAGAGCUGGAGGACAUGAUGAACCGAGCAUUGGACCUUGAGGAGCCAGUGACCCCAGGAUUCCUAGGGGGCCCUGGGGAUGCCAUCCUAGCCAAGCUGCAGGAUGCUUCAGGCAAACUCAACCCUUCCUGGGCAGGGAGCAUUCUCUACCUGUUGGGAGCACUCCAUGAGCUGAGUGAGGAGCAACAGCAACUGCUGGCAAUGUCUGUGGAAAAGAAGAUUCUCUCCCAACAACUGCAGCUGAUGAAGACCAUCCUGGAUGAGAAUUUCCCUCGAACUGAGGCAGGACCAUUUCCUCUCCAUUGUGAGCUCCUCCAGAGCCUUCAAGGAGAGGAGCUGAUUGUGACGCAGGCCCUGAUAGGUCUCUGUGGCCUUGACCUACAGGGUAAUGGUCCCCUCUUUGCCUGGGACCCUCAUUCUCUGCCUCUCCUCUGUGCCCUAUAUGCUGCCCUCUCUGUUUUUCAAGCACUAUCUAGAACCUCUUGGUUUAGCAGCCUCUUCACUAAAGUCCUUAACACCCUGAACUUCUCAAGGAGGGAAAAUAAAGUGGAAUUUAGGGGCUAACUUUGGCGGUGGGUAUAGGAAAGAUAAAUUGGGGCUUGUGGAGCAACUGGGGGAAAGAGUGAACCUACCGUCCUUUUGUUUUCCCCUUCUUUUCUCCCUUUUUUUCUUUCCUUUUUGUGAGAAGAAAUAACAAUAUGAAAACAGAAAUUGUCAAAAAUAGAAGGAAAGAACGUGCCCUUGUGUGGUUUUUGCAUCAGUGUCUUGCUAAUGAAUCUCUGAUACAGCAGAAUGGGAAAUGGUCACGAAAGAGUUCCCAGAUUUUCUUUUUUUCCUACUAGUUUUCCCAGCAUACUGUACCCCAAAACCCCUUCCAAGGUUGGACACUGGUCAUUCAGUGCAAAGUCUCAGUCCUGAACUGACACCAGAGAGGGACAUGCAAAGGCCAAGCAUGGUUCCCAGGAGCCUGGGGCUGAGAAAAUGAACCAGUCCUUCCAGGAGCUUCCCAGCUGCCUCCCUACCUCUGAAGAGCACCAGUUCAAAGUGUCUUAAGCCCAUGGGUCUGAGACUUUCAGGGGCAAAAAAAAUCACUCUCACUCAGUGCUGAGGGCCAUCAGACCAUGACACCUUGACACAGUCAUGGGUGGUAGUUGGGGAGAUCACAGAGUGUUCCUUGGUGAGAUGUGACUGCCCACUCUAUCCCCCUUGCAUGACUUCUUUCUUCAAUGCCCCUUACCUAUUAAUUGGUUUGAUUAUUAUUCCCCCUAUACGCAAAAGAAAUAAUUCAAGAGCAAAACACCUGUACCCUAACUCCCUAAAACAUUUCCUAAAGAUCAGACCCUUAAACCCAAACCCUAAAAGACUAUCAUGGGUUAACUUUUACUUAGGUACAUAAUUCCCAACAAAACCGCAGCUAAAUGCCAAGCCCAAAACUUUCUCAUGAAGCCAGCACACAAAUCAAUCAUAGAGGCCCAUACAAUAUGUAUAGGUACAGUACAAGUACACUAAGCUUCAAUAUGCCUCAGUGACUCAAUUACACAAAUCAGGAACUCAAACUCCCUAGUAAACCACCUGUGACAAAAUCAUUUAUCUUGUAUUCUGUCUUUAAUCACAAUACAAAAAUAUAGAUUGUUAAUCAAGUGAUUUGUUAAAAGUUAUUGUAUAACUUUUACAAUUAUCUCUCUUUGAACAUGUGUGUUAGGUAAUACAAUCUGCAUGCCAAGAAAAUGGGUAUAAAAAUAGAAAUCAAGCCUGGGAAUGUUGGAGCAGCUUCGAGGUGAAAAGCAGUCCCAUGGCCGUAAUGAUUAAGCUGUCUUCCAUUUGUUAUUUAUUUUAUUUUAUUUUUCUUGACUGAUCUUUCUCCACCUGGAGUCGUGAGACAGGACCCAGUCUCUGGAAUUCAGUCCCUGUAACAAGAAUCUCCUGUGAAGUCAAACCUUGAAUUCCAUUCUUGGAAAUGUAAAAAGAGAAGAGAAAAGGGGUCCUCAGUGGCACCAUAUGAAUGAUCCCAAGUAGGGAGACUUGGGGAGCAGCUAGAGGGUAGAGAAGGGAUGAGAGAUGGAAUGGGGAGAGAGGAUUCAAGGAUCCUGGGUUGAAGAGAGGUCUGGGAAUAGGAGAAAGUAUGUGGCUUGAGAAAGUGAGUGAGACAAAGGCAACAAUCCAAGAAAGCUCCAUUUCUAACUCAACAAAUGUUUGAUAAUGGUCCAUUAUGUUCAGGGCAGUAUUCCUUGUUCAUUUCCAAAGCAAGAAAUAAAUGAACCUCUACCCCAUGCCCAUGUGCCUUUCCACCCAGUCU